UGAGUUAGUCCCUUAUUAGGGUUCAUUGGGAAUUGGGGUUAACCUGGAAAUUAAAUAAAGAGGCAGCGGAAUAGAAUUGCUAGAUUUGAGUGCUACUGUGUUUCCAUGGAGGGCCUUACAAUCUGCAAUGCACGAAGGGCAGCGCCAGUGCCAUUCUUUCCGCUCGAAAUUAUAGAGCAAAUCCUUCUCAAACUACCUGCAAUAUCUCUUUUGCAAUUCAAGUGUGUUUGCAAAUCUUGGCGUGACUUAAUCUCAACUCACGAGUUUGCCAUACAAAAUCUCAUUGAAACAUCUGAAAGGUUCCGCAGACUUGGAGUCAUCGAAUCAAAAAUCUUAAGGGAAGGUCGUAUUUCACUAUACAGUCUUGCCACUCAAGCCUCAUCGCUUGCUGAAGAAGCAGAAGAAGAAACAAUUUGUGUUCCUGCGGCCAACAAAUUCGCUUCUGUCAAGAUAUUGGGGUCCUGUAAUGGUAUGUUGCUAAUAUGUUUGAAAAAUGUUAAAGGAUCCAAUUUGAACCCAAGGAAAUUCCUGCUAUGGAAUCCAACAAUUAGGGAAUUUAAGAUGAUUCCACCCUGUGAUUUUAAAAGUUCUUGUCGUUCUCUGGUUUCGGGAUUUGGUUACAAUUCAUCUAUUGAUAAUUACAAAGCGGUAGUGGUUUUUUAUGAAAGAAAGAGUGAUUCAGUAUGUGGUUAUGUUUAUAAUCUCAGGACAAAUUCAUGGAAGCGACUUGAAAGUUUUUACUUCCCUUACAACUGUGCGAAGCUACUUUACAAUCAUAGAGAUAUUUACUUGCCUAAUGAAAUAGGAACAACACUUGUGAAUGGAGCUCCACAUUGGGUAACUUUGAGCGUAAGCGUAUUUGAGGUUAAUAAAAUAAUCUACUUUGAUUUAGAAGAUGAGAAGUUCAAGGAGUUUCAAUCUCCUCCUCCUUCUGCCGGUACUUUCAAGACUUUUUUGAGUAUUUAUGAAGACUGUAUUUGUGAAAAUCGACUUCGACGGGAAGACAGUUAUAUUGAAUUUACAUUAGAGGUUUGGAUUAUGAAGAAAUAUGGAGUGAAAGAAUCAUGGAUUAAGUUGUUGAAUUUGCCAUUCGGUUCGAGGUUUUCUUUAAUGAGCAACAUAAGGCCAUUGGCUGUUUCAAAGAAUGGUGAACAAGUGAUUAUGGUUACAGACUGGAGUAACAUUAUUUCAUUCAAACCUAGAACAGGAGAAAUAAAGGUUACUUUGUUCUGGGAAGGAGAAGUGAUGAAAGUUUCUUUACGUAUUGAUAGGGGUGAUGUAGCUUCUUAUGAGGAAAGUCUUGUUUCACCGAAUCGAUUCGGUAUGACAUGCUCAGAAGAUGGUAACUACUAAUAUUUCUUACUCCAUAAUUAUGUUCGUGCUUGUUUCUAAGUAAAAUAAAAACAAUAUCUAGGGUUUAAUUUGUAUGCAGUAGCUAGACAUCUAGAAUUUUGUAUUUUAGAGAUGCAUCAAAUGUUGGAACUCAUGGGUCUGAUCAAAGUUAUUCUGAAAAUAAAUUUCUUUAUUAGUACCUGAAUA